CGAAAGCCUACGUAUUUCCUGUGCGUCAUUUCCGGUUUCCGACUUUUCUGUUUUCUGCAACUACAGUGGCAGAGAUAAAAGCUCAGCAGUUUGGUGAUGGAGAAGUUAGAUUUGCCAGCCCCUGGUCCUGAUGAUCUGCCCCUGGCCCUGCUGGAGAUGGGCUGUUCAGGGAGGUUUGAACUCCUCACACACCCAUCACCCAGACACAAACCUUUCCCACCACAGAGCACGCUUCCUCACGGGCUUCCUCCUUUUGCCGUGGACCUGAAGAGGGAGGUGGAGAAACGUUUCCUUCACGAUCCUGUGUGGAUGCCCAUACACGACACAACAGACGCCUUCCAGAAAUUUCUUAAACUGACCAAAAGGGACCGACAGGUGGACUCGUUGUUGCACUGUUCGUUGUCUCCUCUACACUCGGGUGUGUCUGUAGUGAGAGAUCCCACCACCGGCAUGCUGCAGGAUUUCACCGAGGUGUUACUGGAGCACACCGGCUUGUCCGCAAAGAACUCUUUAUCGAUGCAGCGGCAGCCUGGACCUCCAUCUGAGAGCCUCAGAGGCAGCAACACCAACUACCCCUUCUUACCAGGUGGUAUGGAGGAGCUGACGUUAGAGCUGAUAGAGAAAAAAUUCGAGCUGGAGGAGGACAUCGACUUUGAGAAUGAUUUACUCACGGUGCCUCCGGGGCUAAAAGCCGGCAUGAACUUCAGUAACAAAGAGGCCAAAACCACAAAAGGAGACGUGAACCUGCUGUCCCUGCUGUCUACAUUCGAGGACAUAAUCGAACAUGUACCUGAGGAGAAAGAGAAAGGCUCAGGAAGUAAAGAGGAGUCCAAACUCCACAGAACUAACAGCCUUGAAGAUCUGGGUAUUAAGGACACGCUGCCAUCUCCUACUCCCGUUCCAACUUCAUCACCAAGCCGGACUGAUGGAGGAAUGCAGAAAAGCCAAGAGGAGAAGAAGGAAAGGAAGUGGGCGGUCCCUGUGGACAUCACCUCUCCCUGUGACGAUUUCUACAAACGAAUCCCCAAUCCUGCUUUCAAGUAUCCGUUUGAGCUGGACAAGUUUCAGAAGCAGGCCAUCCUCAGGCUUGAGGCUCACGACUCGGUCUUUGUGGCGGCUCACACCUCGGCGGGAAAGACCGUGGUGGCUGAGUACGCCAUAGCGCUCUCGCAGAAACACAUGACCAGAACCAUCUACACCUCCCCCAUUAAAGCUUUAUCCAAUCAGAAAUUCCGUGAUUUCAAAAACACGUUUGGUGACGUUGGGCUUUUGACUGGAGAUGUUCAGCUGAACCCUGAGGCCUCCUGUCUCAUCAUGACCACUGAAAUCCUGAGGUCUAUGCUGUAUAACGGAUCCGAGGUCAUUCGGGACCUGGAGUGGGUUAUAUUCGACGAGGUCCAUUACAUCAACGACGCAGAGAGAGGUGUUGUUUGGGAGGAAGUACUCAUCAUGCUUCCUGAUCACGUCAGCAUCAUCUUGCUCAGCGCUACAGUGCCCAACGCGGUGGAGUUCAGCGAAUGGAUCGGGCGGAUCAAGAAAAGGCCCAUCUACGUGAUCAGUACAGUGAAGAGGCCGGUGCCGCUGGAGCACUACCUCUACACAGGAAACAGCACCAAGACUCAGAAAGAGCUCUUCCUCCUGCUGGAUGCUACUGGAGGUUUCCUGACUAAAGGAUACUAUGCAGCUGUGGAGGCGAAAAAGGAACGCACCAGUAAACAUGCUCAGUCUUUUGGCACGAAGAAGGUUUCACAGAGCACCACACCAAAUCAGGACCGAGCCGUGUGGCAGACGCUGCUCCACUUCCUGUCAGAGAGGCAGCAGACUCCGGUGGUGGCGUUCACCUUCUCGCGCACCCGCUGCGACGACAACGCUCGCGCGCUCACCUCUCUGGACCUGACCACCUCUGUAGAGAAGAACGAGAUCCACUCCUUCUUCCUUAGGAGUCUGAGCAGGCUGAGAGGAGGAGAUCGACAGCUCCCUCAGAUCCUGCUGAUGAAGGACUUGCUGAAGAGAGGCAUCGGCGUGCACCACAGCGGCAUCCUGCCGAUCCUCAAGGAGGUCAUCGAGAUGCUUUUCUCGAAAGGUCUCGUAAAAGUUCUUUUCGCCACCGAGACUUUUGCGAUGGGUGUGAACAUGCCGGCCAGGACCGUGGUGUUCGACAGCAUCCGCAAACACGACGGAACUGGAUUCAGAAACCUCCAUCCUGGUGAGUACAUCCAGAUGGCGGGGAGAGCAGGCAGAAGAGGGCUGGAUGCUACAGGGACGGUUAUCAUCCUCUGCAAGACAGGAGUUCACGAAAUGGCGGAUCUGCACACAAUGAUGCUGGGAAAGCCGACGUUGCUGCAAUCACAGUUCAGGCUGACUUACACCAUGAUCCUUAACCUGCUGCGAGUCGAGGCCCUCAGAGUCACUGAUAUGAUGCGCAGGAGCUUCUCCGAGAACCACAGGGACACACAGGCGAACGAGAGAAGGAUAUCAGAGCUGAAACGUGAGCUUUCCUCUCUACCACCUCUUGACACAGAGGGUCAGCUAUCUGACCUGCUUUCCUACUACCACACUUUGACCGAGCUACGCAUUACAACAGAAGCCUUGCAGCAAGCAGUGAUGGAGUCCGUGAACGGGAUUAAGGCCUUGUCAGUGGGGCGGGUUGUGGUGGUCAACAACGCUCAGCACUUCAACGCCCUGGCUGUCCUCCUACAGGUGUCCACGGACUCUGUGAAUCGGACGUUCACCGCCCUCAUCAUUUGCGAGAAAGGGAACGAAGAAGCAGCAGAGAACGUUCCGAACAACCGCGCGCUCACACACCUUCACAACACCAGCCUUUUCAUUCCAGAGGGUCCCUGCAGUCACACAGUGCAGAAGCUGAAGUCGCAGGAAAUCUCUGCGAUCACCAUGAAGACCCUGAAGGUCAUUCCAGAGCGGAUUAUCGACAACUAUAAAAAGAGACAGCAGCCCCGCUUCAGACUGGAUCCACCCGGUCAAGCCAUUUCUACUGCAACUCAGGAGCUCCUGCGAUUGGCCGAGGCCAGCCCGUCUGGCAUCUCAACCCUCGACCCUGUGAAUGACCUCCACCUGAAGAGUGUGGAUGUGGUGGAGGCUGUGAUGAGACAGCGAGUCCUUCAGGACAGUCUCAAAGACUUCCACUGCACACACUCACCCACUUUCACAGAGCAGUUUGCACGUGUGCAGGAGCGAAUGAAACUGCAGGAAGAGUUGGACAAACUGCUGUACUUGAUCUCAGAUCAGUCAUUGACUCUGCUGCCCGAGUACCACCAGAGGAUUAAGGUCCUAGAAGCUCUGAACUACAUCGACAGUAGCGGAGCGGUACAGCUGAAAGGUCGGGUAGCGUGUCAGAUCAGCAGUCAUGAGCUCCUGCUCACAGAGCUGCUGUUUGAGAACACGUUGAGUCCUCUGGCGCCCGAGGAGAGCGCCGCCCUGCUGUCCUGUCUCGUCUUCACACAGAACACUCAGAUAGAGCCGCACAUCCCCAACACAAUCCAGGAGGCGAUCGAUCGGGUGGUGUGUGUGGCUCAGCGUAUCGGGGAGCUACAGCGCGAGUGUGGCCUCUCUCAGACCGCCGAAGACUUCGUGUCCCAGUUUAAGUUUGGCCUGACUGAGGUGGUGUACUGCUGGGCCAGAGGAAUGCCCUUCGCGGAGAUCGCCCAGCUGACCGACGUGCAGGAGGGGACGGUGGUGCGCUGCAUUCAGAGACUAGACGAAGUUCUGAAGGAGGUCAGACAAGCAGCCCGAAUCGUAGGAGAUUCGGUUUUGGGAAGCAAGAUGGAGAGAGCGUCGCUGUCUAUCCGCAGAGACAUCGUGUUCACCGCAUCUCUUUACACACACUGAUCGAGUGCAUGCCUCAGGAGCGUGUAUGGGUGUGGACAUGUAUACGUAACCUUCCGAUUAAUGAUCGCAGUGGCGGUUUUCCAUCUGUAAUGAUUGAAGGUGGUGCCACCGAGCAUCGAAUAUGACUAAAGAUACCACAUCCACAUGGUUGCAGCUUUGAAGUGGGUCCAAUCAUGUUUACAUUUUGUUCAUGUGUGUGACGGGGAGAGAAACGGUUUGCUUGCAUUGCUUAAAAAAAAGCACUUACCAGUGAUUCAAUGAAGACAAAGCUGGUUAUAGCCUGUAAUUUAUUGUACAGUAAUAAAAUCCACUGUGUCUAAAAUGA